UUCAUUUGGGUUUUAGGAUUUAGUUUGGUUCACAUGAGAUCUUUAUGUUUGGUUCAUUUUUGUUCUACUUUUUUUUUAUUUAGUUCAUUCAGUUUGUAUAUUUUAGUUCAUUUGAGACUGAUAUAUUUACUUCAUUGGGCUUUCUAUAUAUUUGGUUCAUUUGGGUUCUGUAGUUUUAGUUCACUUGGAAUCUUCACUAUAUGUUUAGUUCAUUUGGGUUUUAGGAUUUAGUUCACAUGGAUUAUGGUUCAUCCAAAUAUGGUUCAUUUGGGUUCUUUUUUUUUUUUUUUUCUUUUUUCAUUUUGGUUCCAUAUGUUUUAGUUCACUUUGGACCAACUGUGUAUGUUUGGUUCGUUUGGGUCCAUGUUGGUUCAUCAGAGGACAGAGGAGGACAGCGCCACACACCGCCUGUCCACACCAGUGGGCGCACCUCACACACAUUUACUCCACGCUGCUCUCUCUCUCUCUCUCUCUCUCUCUCUCUCUCUCUCCUACAAACACGCACCACACCCUGGAUUCCUGAUUGGUGUGAAGUUUUCCAGGGCCCCGCCCCUCUCAGCCCCUCUCAGCCCCGCCCUGCAGUCGCUCUCUCUUCAAUCCGUUCCUGCCAAACCAGCUGGAACUUUCAAAUCACAUGUGUGACCCAGGUCUGGACCGAGAUCCUGACCUUUAGACCGGGAGCUCAGAGCCAGCAGCGCCAUGCAGGAUCUGGACGCAGCGUCGGGACGAGGUCAGAGUGGAGCUGCACACCUCCACCUCCACCUCCACCUCCACCUCCGCCUCCGCCUCUGCAGCCUGUGGUGACCGCUCCGCACUUUGACUCCCAAACAUUCACCCACCAGGAGAAGAGGAGAAGAGGAGUCCAGAGACACGGAGCACUAAACCAAGAGCGCCAACUACCGAUGAGCCGGUGCACGAGCUUGUAAAAAGUUAGUAGAGAAGUUUUUGUUUCGUUUUUGAUUUUUUUUUUUUCCUCCGUCAUCGCUGCUCACUUCAGACCCACCGGGGUCAGGACACGCACGGACACCGCGGAGCCAGGAUGCGCUCCUGGCGGAUUCUCUCUUCCUGGACGGCCGUGAUUUUGCUCUUCAACCUCGUCUCCUCCGCCGUGGCCAAACGACACGUCGUUUACUGGAACUCCACGAACCCGAGGUUGACGGCCGGUGACAUGUCCAUCCAGGUGAACUUCAACGACUACCUGGACAUUUACUGUCCUCACUAUCCCGACGAUGGAACCCUGGGCUCCGGGCAGCCGGAGUCUCUGGCCCUCUACCUCGUCAAAGAGUCGUCCUUUCGGGGCUGCGUGGAGACCACCGGCGCCAUCAGGAGGUGGGAGUGCAACACGCCCCACGCCCCGUUCGGACCGGUGCGCUUCUCUGAGAAGAUCCAGAGGUUCACGCCCUUCUCCCUGGGGUUUGAGUUCAUGCCUGGUCAGCACUACUACUACAGCUCUCUGCCAACAGACGAAGGCCCCGCGCUGCCAUGUAUGAAGUUGCGUAUCACCGUGUGCUGUGAGCACACGUCAGAGGGUUCCAAACUAAUACAAGAUACUUCAGCUCACAGUGGUGUGUCGUUACCGUGCGGAGCGUCGCUCCUGCUCCUCCUGGUGGUCACCCUCCUCCUGCUGACCACCUGACUCCCGUCGUCCGUCUCCACCGCGGCUCUCGCCCCGUUAUCUUCUGCCAUUCUGGGUCUCCUCGCUCACAGACAAUCUCGUACACAAUGCAAUCCACAUUCAGACGUCGAACGGCGCGACGCCGUCGAUGCUAAGCUAAUGCAAUACCGUAAAAAGAGUCGAUGGUCUUCGGUGACUCAGGGACGGACCAAUCACUGUGAUUCCUCCUUUCUCCCUUCUGCUCCUGCCUGUUGUGUUAGUAGUAGUGCAGCGCGGUGCGGCCCACGGUGUGGACAGGGUCACAUGACUCACCGCUCCGAGGGCAGAACAAUGACUCUGUCUGCACUCCUUCAAACGAAAUGUUGUCACUUUUUCAUUCGGUCGUCUCCCUCCGUUCCCUGGUUCCUUCGCGGCUCCUCGUGUUUUCUGACUCUGAGCUGGAAUUGGUCCAAAUAUAAACAUAAUACUGCACUGAGUGGCUCAGGUCAGAGGUCGGCCACUUAGCCGGUGGCCCUUCUUGUGUUUUCUCUGUCGGUGACGGCCUCAUUUGUAUUUCACAGUGAUUCAUGCCGCCUUUAACAGUUUAUUUUUACUGUAAUGGUUUCUGGAAAAUGGCGUGGACUCGUUCACACACCGGCAGGCAGGGCUGCUGCACCCCCUAGUGGGAUUAAACUGGUUUCACUGGGAAUGGAUUGGUGGGUCACCACCCGACGCUGGGGGUGUGGUGUUGGUCUAUAUGGGGGGGAGAGGGUUUGUUUUUUUUUGGUUCUUCUCUGGUUGGACGGCUGGUAUUGUCCUCGUCUCACUCCUCAGUUCAUCUGUUCGUCUCCUCUGAACACACUGAUGAUCACUGUGUGGAUUUAUGUUUUUAUUGUUGAAUUCUUUUAUGUUUUAACAUGUAGAUAAUAUAUGGUGCAACAAGAAAAUGCUGCAUUCCAGUAGGAACUGGUUUAAAAUUAGAAAAAAAUAAUAAUAUUCUUUUAUUGUUAUAUCACAACCCGUGAUCUACUUCCUGCAUUGGGCUGGACAGUAAUUCAAUCAUAAACGUCACAUUAUUCUCUUUGUCGAAGGUUAAAUGUAUGUUUACAUUCCCAUCAGUUCAAUGUUCCUGAUUGAACAAACUCUGAUUAUUGAAUUUGAAAAAACAUUCCAUUGAGAUACAUUUUCAGAACUGACACCAAAUUCACUCCUCAGUUCUUUAUAUUGACGUCAUUUAAUGCAACAAAUAUGUCGUUUUUCUUGUGAUGAGUAUUAUUGGCCUUGUUGACCAGCCCUCUGUUGUUGUUUACUGAUUUAACUUCUUCUAAUUUGUGGUUUAACUGAGUGGAAUAAUUAUUUUUGGCCAAACACUUUCUUCACGAAAUUAUUUUUUAAAACUUGAGAUAGGAAAGAAUUAACACAUUUUAUUCACGAUUUCUUUGAUAAAUAACACGUAUGUGUAUUUUUUAAAAAUUAAUACGUUGAUGUAUUUAAAAAGUAGGUCAUAGCGUGUAGAGUUAUUUGAUAUGAUUAAUUAUGAAAAGAAUUAAUUAAUUAAUUGUCAUUUAAUUUAUUUUCACACCAAUCUGUCGGUCGGUCAAACGAUGAAACAGGAGUUAAUUGUUUGGUUUUUUUUUGGGAAUUGCUAACUUUCACUUUCACUAAGAAUCGCAAAUUUUUCUUUUUUCUGUUUUUUUUUUUUUUUUAAUGGAUUUGUGUGUAAUUGUUCGUGCGUUCACAUUUUAGUGAAGAAUGUAGCGUCUUCUGUGAAGAGCCAUCUGCAAUCUGAGCCUUUUCUACGUGGCAAAACAAUAAAUAAAUAUGAUUGCAAUAAAACACAACCCGUGGGUCAUAAUUUAGUCUGACACACACACACACACGUACACACACGUAGGCUUUUAUUUGUGGAACGCACAUCAGUGAAACACUCAGGGGAGUGGAGAUAAGGAGACUGUGGGGACUGGAAAUGACCUUGUGGUGUAAGAGGCCAUUGUAACGUGAGGAACCGAGUGCAGUAUUGAGCUGUGUUUUUAUCUACGGCCAGUCUGAUAACACUGAUACUAAUAGACUCUCUGGUAUUAAUAGACCCGUGAGCACCUUUGCCAAUACAUAGAUCUCAAAGUACUUACUGUAUUUUUUCCCCCCCUCCACUCAACACUGAGUGACUCAGACUGAACGCAGACCAAGUAGAGACUGGAGGUUUUGCCUCACGUCUCUGUUGUGUGUUAAACCCAGGAGUCAACAUCACAAUUAGCAGUAAAUCCAUUUACAUUUAUAUAGCCUGUACUCCGGGGCCCUCCUGAAGCCAGGGAGGCAAUUUCUUGGAUAAUGGAGCUAAUGGCUUUAUUUCAUGCUCUUUGAUCCUCUCUGAUGACAUGUUUGUCACUGUGGCGUGUUGUUAAGACGCAGCCUUGACGUUGUCCUCCACGUACAGUGUAGGCCACGUUUCCCAAGACUGUGUUUUAGUGUUUUAGUGUGCGGAACAAUCAGCCCCCGGAGAGGCAGGCUUUGGAUUGGUGGAAAAAUGAAACAGAGUUUAAACGUAGCCGCAUGCGUGGU